AUGGCAAACCCAAACCCUAUUGCAGUUUUGAUUGUACAUGGGGCUUAUUUUAUCCCCUCGGCCUGGGAAGACUUUUGUCACCGUCUGACCCAAGCAGGGUUCAUCGUGCGCUGCCCACGUUUGCCUACCUGUGGUGAUACAAGGCCACCCACCGCUCUUCUCGAACAGGAUGUAAUGGCUGUACGAGCAGCUGCUCAAGAACUCAUCAACUCCGGGCAUAAGGUCGUAGUCCUGGCUCAUUCAUAUGGUGGCAUUGUUGCGUCGGAAGCGAUAACCCAGGAUUUCUACGCGCGCAACAGUGGCAAAGGGGUCGCGUACCUUAUCUAUCUGACUGCAUGGCUAGUCCAGCCGGGAAGUUCACUGUCAGAUGUGAUCACCAAAUAUGGUUUUCAGUGCAAGGUGGAUAUCAGCAUCAACGAAGAUGGCACCGUGGCUGCGAAAAAUGCUCCCGAGUCUUUCUAUAACGAUAUCGACAUCGGAAAGGCAAAAGAGCUGACCAGCAGCAAUGUGACCCAUAACUGGCUUGCAACAUCAUGUCCAGUUAAUGGCGCUCCUUGGAAAGCCCUACCCAUGACAUAUGUCUAUUGCGCUCAGGACCUGGCAAUUAUGUUACCGCUCCAGGAAAGCAUGGUGCAAGAUGCAUUAAACGCAAGUGGUACCUCCAGGGUCGCCACAGAGACUAUAGAAGCUGGUCACUGUCCUUUCUUGAGCAAGCCCGAAGAGGUGAUUCAGGUUGUACAUCAAGCGGUGGCUGUGAUCGGUUGA